CAGCAGGCGGCCGGUAGGCGGCGCAAUGAGCGCUGCGCUUUUAUUCUCAUCUGCUCUUGAAGCUGCAGAAGAAGCAGCUGCUUCACAACAUUUAGCGCAAUGGAGUCCAACGACGCAGGUCGUGGUGGGAGGAAGACUCAUCAGAAGAGUAAGUUGAAUGUGAUCAUGAGACAGGAGGAGCUGAUCGCUCAGAAGAAGAGAGAGAUCGAGGCCAAACUGAGAGAACAGGCUCAGCCGAAGCCGGAGCAGAACAAAACCAGCAGCUCUCCUCCCUCACAGGCUUCUUCUUCAUCAUCAUCAUCAUCUUCAUCAUCAUCCUCAUCAUCAUCAUCCUCAUCAUCCUCCACAUCGAAUAAGUUUGUGAAUGACGGCAGUUUCCUGCAGCAGUUUCUGAGGAUGCAGCAAGAGAAGUCCAGCACUGAUGAAGGAUCCCUCGGCCCCACCCCCUGCGCUCAGAACCAAUCAGCAGCAGGAACACAAGCGCAGAAGAAGAGCAUUCUCAUCGGGAAGCGGCCGGGUCUGGGCGUCAGCAGCAUGAUCAAUCAGUUCAAGAACUACUCACAGUCCAAGAAGUCGACGCUCCUCGCAGCCCGACCCAGUGUGUUCAGCUCCCCCGACGACGAAGACGAGGAGGAGGAUGAUGCACACUAUCUGGAGGUCAAAGUUUCCCCCCCAGAGGACGGAGACCUGCGGCUCAUCAUCGACAAGAUGGCCAUGUUUGUGGCGGAAGGCGGUGCCGAGUUGGAGAAGAAGGCCAUGGAGGACUACAGAGACGAUCCCGUCUUCUCGUUCUUGUUUGAGAAGAACAGUAAGGACUAUCUGUACUACAGGAGGAAAGUGGCUGAAAUCAGAAGAGACACGUCCGCUCAGUCUGAUGUCUCCUCCUCAGUGGACGAAAGCACCAGGAAGGUGGCGGAGAAACUGGCGCGCUUCGUGACGGACGGCGGCCCGGAGGUGGAGAUCAUGGCUGCUCAGCACAACCGAGACAAUCCUGCAUUCAGUUUCCUGUACGAGUAUCAGAGUGCUGCUCAUCGCUUCUAUAAGGCCAAAGUGGACGAGUUCCGUCAGGCCAGAAGCGGCUGUGAUUCGCAGACGUCUGUUCAGCCCGUCACGCCGGAACAAACGCCCACCGCAGCCAAGAGGAAGAGGAAGAGCAGGUGGGGAGCCGAAGAUGAUAAAGUCCAGCUGCCCUCGCCGAGCGUCAUCAGCCCUCCGAUCGCUGCGGCCGAAUCCAGCACUCCUGCACUGUCUGAUCAGGAGUUGAGCAGUCUGGGAUAUAAGAAGGGGAAACCGGUCGGUCUGGUGGGCGUGACAGAGCUGUCAGAUGACCAGAAGAAACAACUCAAAGAACAACAGGAAAUGCAGGAGAUGUAUGACAUGAUCAUGAAGCACAAGCGGGCGAUGCAGGACAUGCAGCUGAUGUGGGAGAAAGCCAUCAGGAACCACCAGCACGAGUACGACAGCGACGAAGAGCUGGAUCCCGAGGCCGGAACCUGGGAACAUCGACUCCGACAGAUGGAGAUGGAGAAGACUAGAGAGUGGGCGGAGCAGCUGACUGAGAUGGGCAAAGGGAAGCAUUUCAUUGGUGACUUCCUGCCACCUGAUGAGCUGGAGAAGUUCAUGGAGACGUUCAAAGCUCUGAAGGAGGGCAGAGACCCGGAUUACUCAGAGUACAAGGAGUUCAAGCUGACGGUGGAGAACAUCGGCUUCCAGAUGCUGAUGAAAAUGGGCUGGAAAGAAGGGGAUGGUCUGGGAUCUGAUGGUCAGGGCAUCAAAAACCCCGUCAACAGAGGCAACACAGCGGUGGACGGCGCAGGGUUCGGUGUGGACCGACCUGCUGAACUCAGCAAGAGUGACGAUGAGUAUGAUGCUUUCCGUAAGAGAAUGAUGCUGGCGUAUCGCUUCAGACCGAACCCUCUGAACAAUCCCAGGAGGCCGUACUACUGAACGCAGCAGCAUCUCCUCUCUCUCUCUCUCCCUCUCUCUCUCUCUGUUUGUGUUUUUCUCCCUUAUAGCAGGAUGAAUUAUUUCAGAAAAUAGAGUUUUUCCCCCGCAGAUGUGAUCCGCUCACAGACUCGAGUCCUUCAAGUGUUUCUGUUCCUUUAAAGAUGUUUUGAUUUAUUAUAUUACAUUUAUUGAGUACUGUAAAAACCCCGAUGUUAUAGUCAGCUGUGUAAUAUUAUAUUAACAUCAGUUCUAGCUCCUGGAUUUUAUGUCUGUUUUACCCAUUAAUGAGCACAGAUAUUACGAAUCAAACCUGCACAAAGCGAGUGAUUUUAGGCUUGUUCCAAUCCUCCACGGUCUGUCAUUGAGAUCAAUUAAACGUCUGUGGUCCUCAAA